GACUUAACAGUCUUUUACGCAUCAUUCCGCCCAUUAAAGGCUAAUUUUCCAAUAGAAAUAACAAUAACAGCGAAAUAACCAUCUAGACCGCGCGACGCCAUUUUUGCACACUGACGUACAACUGUUCUAUUUUUAAAUUUUGCCGCGAAAGUUUCUUAACCUGGUCAUAAGACAAAUGGCUUUUUUAACGUUCGGUGUGCAUCCAGCCAGUAUUGACAGAUAGUGUUUGUACGAUCAGUGAAAAGGUUUUAAUGUAUAAUUGACUUAAAAACAAUCACAGUGGAUCCGUUCGUGAAGAGAAAGAUGAAAGUAUUUAAGAAGAAACUUCGUUUCUCGAUAGCUUGCCGUUAAUUUUGAACUGUUCCUCUGUGUAGUUUUUUUUACUUGUUCACAUAUCAGCAGCGACGUAAAAUUGUUGAUUGAUGGUAGAAUAGUCGAAGAAAAAGAUUAGCAAUGAUGUACAGAUUUCAGUACGCAGUUUGCUUCUUGCUCGUGAGUCUGUCUGUUACUUAUACAAAAGAUAUCCCAAGAGUUCCAAUCAGCGAUGAUAUAUCUACGUUAACUACAGACUAUAGCAGUGAUGGUACAUUCGAAAAUUUGGAAGAUCAAUCAAUUGCAAGUGAUUUAGAAGACACGAGAAAUCAAGAAAGUAAUCCUUUGAUAGAAGAUGUAGAAAUAAACGACGGAAAUAUCAUAAGAAGAUUUAAUAGCAGUCAAUCUUUUAGGACAUUAGAAAGUGCUUCCAGAGUCUUACUUCCAACGAAUUAUAACCAUUCUAUAAAUGAUGUGUUAUACGAAACGAAACCGGAGAACGUAUCAGAGGUUACAAAACAUAGAAAGAAUACGGAAGAGAACGAUUUUCGUUCACCUACUUAUAAAGAAUCAAAAAUCAGAGCACAUGUUAAAUACGACGAAGUUACAGGCGAAUUGAUAAAUGAGGAUCAUCCUUGUGAAAGAGAAUGUAUAGAAGGAGAUGAACCUAUGGUUUGCCAUUAUCAUUUUAAUCUGGAAUGGUAUCAGACAAUGAGCAAAGCUUGUUAUGAUUGUCCGUACAAUUUAACGGAUUGUAAUAGAAUUGACUGUAUCCCUGCAGAUGGUAUGAGGAGAGCAUUAAACGUUAUUAACAGAAAAAUGCCUGGACCUGCUAUAGAGGUCUGUCAUAAUGAUAUCAUUGUGGUUGAUGUGGAAAAUGAUUUGAUGACUGAGAGUACAACAGUACAUUGGCACGGGCAGCAUCAGAGAGGAACUCCGUACAUGGAUGGAACUCCAUACGUGACGCAGUGUCCUAUUUUACCGGAAUCAACAUUCAGGUACAAGUUUAACGCCACGCACGCUGGUACACAUUUCUGGCACUCACAUUCCGGCAUGCAGAGAGCUGACGGCGCGGCUGGUGCCCUGAUAAUCAGAAAACCCAGGACCCUGGAUCCUCACGGCCAGCUCUAUGACUAUGAUAAAUCAGAGCACGUAAUGAUAGUAACUGACUGGAUUCACGAAUUAUCAGUGUCUAUGUUUAUGGACCAUCAUCACUCUAUUGGCGACAACAAGCCUCCUACGUUACUGAUUAACGGUGUCGGACGCUUUAGGAUAUUUAAUGAGACCACCGAACCUAGAUAUAUGAAAGCUGCUACCUUUAACGUUGAUAAGGGUUUUAAGUAUCGUUUCCGUGUGAUCAACGCCGAAUUUCUCAACUGCCCUAUUGAGUUAUCAGUUGACGACCACAACAUAACAGUCAUUGCGUCAGAUGGUUAUGAUUUGGAGCCUAUAACUGCUACAUCGCUGGUGACGUACGCUGGUGAGAGAUACGACUUCGUGCUCGACGCUAGCAAUAAUGUUGACAACUACUGGAUACGAUUCAGAGGUCUCAUGGAUUGCGAUGAAAGAUUUACGAAAGCUAAGCAAGUGGCAGUAUUACAUUAUGAAGGAGCCCCCGACGUGGAACCUGAAGGCGACCCGACAUGGGAAGAGUUGCAUAACGAAGGACUGCAAUUAAACGCACUGAAUAAAGGCGAAGAGGAAAAUGAAACGAUAAGCGUCGCCGAAAUGAGGUCGCUCCAGGGCUACGACGACAGCCUGAAAGAAAUCGCCGAUUAUCAGUUCUAUGUCGCUUACGAUUUCUACGCUAAGAACAAUUCGCAUUUCCAUAGAUCACCUUACUAUGGUUAUUAUCAAGUUCCACAUAAGGAUAACCGUUUAUAUACACCUCAACUUAAUCACAUCAGUAUGAAGAUGCCAUCCAGCCCACUCCUCCUCGACAGACCUUCGCCGGACAACUUUUGCAAUAUGUCUAGCAUCAGUGAGGACUGUAAAGAAGGAUAUUGUGAAUGUUCCCACGUACUCUCAGUCAAGAAAAAUGCUGUAGUGGAAAUUAUUAUCGUUGAUGAAGGUGUGACAUUUGACGCGAACCAUCCUUUCCAUUUACACGGUCACAAUUUUAGAGUAGUAGGAAUGAGACGUUUAGCGAAUGAUACAACGAUAGAGGAAAUCAAAGAAUUUGAUAAAGCAGGGUUGUUAAAAAGAAAUUUAAAAAAUGCACCGCUUAAAGAUACUGUUACUGUUCCUGAUGGUGGUUAUACUGUUAUUAGAUUUAAGGCUGACAACCCUGGAUAUUGGUUGUUCCAUUGUCAUAUAGAGUUUCAUGUUGAAAUUGGUAUGGCGUUAGUAUUUAAGGUUGGUGAACAUAAAGAUAUGGUUCCUAUACCGCCUGGUUUCCCACAAUGUGGUAGUUAUAUGCCAGAUCAUAGUAUGGAAGCUACAGAAAAACCUAAAACAGACAGUCAAUAUAUUUCCAUCAAUCAUUGGUGGCCUGUCGUAUUAAUGAACAAUAACAGUACCUCAUCAACUUCGUGUUUAGAUUCUGUGACUGCGUUAGUGUUUCUCUCCUGUUUUUGGUUAUUGAAAUUAGUUAUUGGUACGUAGUUUAAAAAAUUAGGUAUUUAAUUUUAAGAUAAAGCCCGCUACACACGUUAGAUUUAUCGAAACAUUAUUAGGAUAAAACUGAGCGUAGCAGGCUUAACAUUUCGUAAAACGAAUUCAUUGGUAUUAUGUAGGU